UGCAUCUUCAAAGUGUUUCUUUACACAUUUCUAAUCAUUUGGCAACAAUACACAGCAUCUAUCAGUACGCAUGCAAUGGAAUAUAUAGCAACAGUGCUUGGAACUGCAAUCUUACCUUGUGAUUUGUUUUAUGGAUGACAAAAUAUGUUUUCUAUACAUCGCUUCUGGAAGCGUUUACUCUAGGAAAUUAAAUAAGGGUUCCUUAACAUCGACCAUUUGUCAAGAAACCAAGUCAUCUGUAGCACAAAAUAUAUGAUUCAAUAUAUACUGACUGACACUUCUAAACCCAAGUACUCUUUCCAUCUUGGCCAAUAGGAAUACGAACUAGUGGAGUUCCAAUAACAAAUGUGAGCAAACAAAACAUAUCUUUUAGACUGAAUAUUGUCGAGAGCUGUAUUGUAUUGAAAACAUUGCCGACAGAGAAAGAUGCUGCCGCAUGAACGAGGAUAUCUUGAUAUUUCAAGGGUAGUGCAAACAUUUAGUGAACAAUUUAUAGAUUAACGGAUGGAACUGAUAACUCAAUGCAAUAUCGAUGCUCUGGAAAUACGUUUUAACAGCAGGAAAGUGUUACGCUAUGCUUUACCCACAAUGAUGAAUUAAUUGUUUGUUUUUGGAUUAUAUCAUAUUGGAAUAAUUGGAAAGGAAUAACACAGAAAGAAGGAAAUAACUACAACGCUAAAAUGCAACAGAAUUAAUAAAUUCAAACACAGAAAGAGAAAAAAGUAUAAAUUGAUAUUAAACUUUCACAAAACAGAAGAAAUUUCAACAUCUGCGUAAUAUGGGCCUAGCAGGAAUUUGCAGAGAACCUGUUUUGCGAGAACCAGACCUUGAAAAUACCGGGAAUUAACAGUGCACUGAAAAUGUUCCUUUUUAACGCAUCUGAUUACAAAAUGCGAAUGAAUUUAUUUCCUUAACAUUAUGGGAUUGGAGCAAUAGUGAGUCAAUGAUUAGGGAAACAGACAUUCAGUUGAUAAUAAUGGUGCCAGUCAUAUACUUGUAGGAGAAGGAAAUAUUCAAAAUGGUUCAACAAUUACAUAUCCAGUGGGAUUUAUUAAAGUAAUUAUGGAAGUACAAAUGUACCUUCUCACGAUCUUAGGAUACAUAUAUGCCAUAACGUUUACCGGUAUCACGGGUGUUGCUGCAAAAGACAACAUUGCUGGGAACGAUUCAUCAAGUUCAAGGUCGUGGUUUACAACCCAGUGUCCGAGGAAGUGUACAUGUGAUAAAAGACAGCUCUCCCUCGCUCGCCACAAUAUUCCAUCAAACAAGUUUCUUUACACUGUGGACUGCUCUGGGGAACAAUUAACAUCACCUCCUUCAAGCCUGCCAGAAAACACCGAAGUGUUCUUCAUCGCCAAUAAUAGUUUUGGAACAAUUAAAUUAUUGUCAAAAUCAGAUUCUCUAUUAUAUUUAGAUAUGUCAAAUAGUUCAUUGGAAAGUAUUAGCGGUAUUCGAUUUUUUGCUCAAUAUCCUCAAUUGAAAUAUUUGAACUUAAAAAGAAAUUCACUUAAAACUGUACCAAAUGAUACAUUCAACAAAUUGGAUCAUUUACUAACAUUUGAUCUGAGUUUUAAUGACCUAGAAAAUAUGUAUUCAGAAAGUCUUUUGGGUUUGAAAAACCUGAAAUCAUUAGACUUAUCACAUAAUCACCUGAAAACUGUUACUUCCACAUGGUUUUCUUCCAUGUAUGAAUUACGAGAACUCGAUUUAUCUCAUAAUGAAAUUGUGCAAAUAGAAAUGAACUCAUUUCAAAAUCUCGAAAACCUCAAUUUACUUAAUUUAUCAAAUAACAAAAUCAGAAGAAUUGGACACUCUGCAUUCAAUGUUUUGAAAAGCCUAUUUGUACUGGAUCUGGGUACCAAUUGCCUACAAUUUGUGCCAACAAUACAACUGCAAUCAACUUAUUUACUGAAGAAAGUUUCAUUGAAUGGAAACCUAAUACAUAAAUUGCAUCCUGGAGAUUUCAACAACAUCAGUGUAAUUUCUCUCACUCUUAGCUUUAUGAACGAGUUGACAGUUGUGGAAAAGUGUUCGUUUCAAAACAUGCAAUAUCUAACCAAUCUGGAGAUGCACGACAAUCCAAAGCUUAUGUUCAUAGAUGGGAAUGCAUUCAAAAACGUCCCCAAGCUCAAGACCCUGUACUUCCAUAACAAUAGGUUGUCGGUACUUCCCUCGGGACUGCCUCAAUCCGUUCCAAGCCUCCAGGAUGUCCACCUGUAUCACAAUCCCGUCCGCUGUGAUUGCAACGCUCUCUGGAUCCGGGACCUAGUGGAGGAGGCUAAAGAACAUAAUUUUAGUAAGCCUUUUUUUAGUCAUCCAAACUUCAUCAAGUGUGCUUACCCUAUAAAUGUCACUGGCUUGUCAUUACCUGAAGUUGACGAGAGUCAGUUUUCAAGAGUAUGUGCUCCAGUGACACUUCCGUCAUUUCACGAGAAUUACACACUUGGUCUAGGCGAGGAGCUCCGGCUUGAAUGCCACUCAUAUGGUAUUCCUUCACCACAGCUGAUAUGGCUAUUGCCUAAUGGAUCAGAAAUCUCAAACAGUACAUCCAGUAGAAAAAUAGAAAUCAUAGACAAGUAUAAUUUAGUUGUUCGCUUUCUCAGUGUUGAAGACAGUGGUACGUAUGAGUGUAAAGCGAGGAAUGAAGUAGGGUUUGACAUCAGCUCCACAAAGGUCACCGUCACAAACAAGCCCGUGAGGCUCGUGCUGCUGAAUCUCUCGGUCGACUAUAUUUCUCUCACAUGGAAUGGAACCCAACACAACUCAAUGAUCUCAGACUAUCAGCUGCAUUAUAAGGAAAUUAAGGGAGUAGACAAUCAAACUCAGUCAUCAUACAGAAUUUUACCCCUUGAUCCCCAGUACAGGAGUUACAAGGUGACGCAUCUUAAGCCAGGCACUAACUAUGAGUUUUGUCUAGUCUAUGUAUACGAUACUGAAUAUUACAAAGUAGACUGUGAGACGUUUGCAACCAAGAGCAAAUAUCUAUACCAAAGUGCAAUAAAGAAAAUAGUGAGCGAGCAAAUUAUAGCAGGUGUGUGUACAGCUCUUGGAAUAACCAUGGCAAUCGCGUGUAUGGUGACACUAGUGCGCAAGUUUCGUAUCCACAAGGAUUAUGAGUUGCCAUAUGGGGCAGGGGACGAGCCAGAGGGGAUACACAUUCCGCUUCAGAACGUGUACAAUCCGCUCUCAACACCUCUCUGCUCUUCCAAAACAUCGCUUCUUUCCACACAUACAAGCAAAUCCAACUUCGAUGAAUAUUAAUGAACUAUUGACAUGGAUAUAUAAAAUGUUCUGAAACGAACAAGGUACACUUGAGGAGUGACUAUAAAAACACUUAAACACGCAACCGAAGCUGUGUAUCUAGGAAACAAUGUAUAUAUUUCUUCUUCACGUUUUAUACUACCCUUGAUUUUCAUGACAGUUAAACCAUUUACAGCUUCUAAAAAUUGCUUCUUAAUAUUAAUCAUCAACUGUAAUAACAAAUAAAAUGAUAAAAAUAUAUAACACAAACUAUGAAGUUACACAUGUUGUUCAUACAACGCUGACUUUAUUUGAUGGGCGCAAGUGUUUUUUCUGUUAAAUCACUAUAAUUAAUUCCUCAGUUGUGUGAAAUGGACAAAUGAAAAACACAUACUUUUAGAAUAUCAGGAAAUGAAAUACAUCCUGCUGCAAACAAUGUAAUGUCAGGUCAUUAUUGCUCGAAAUUAUUUCCCUAUGGCAUUUCAUAUAACGUGAUUGAAUGGGAAUAAUGGAACUUAAAUAACAUUUACACACCUAUUCUCCUGUAGCAUUAGGCAGGACAAGCAGCUGCAGAUGGCCUAUUGAUUUGACGUAAUAAUGUAUUGUGAGUGUACGGGUAAUUUCAAUAUUUCAUCGUUUCUCGUGCUUAGCGGUUAUGAAAAUACAAUAAUCUGAAAUAAUAAUAUUGAUAUAGUGUACCAGAAUUUACAAUCAAAUCUCCACCACUAUUGUAAAUGUCAGUAACACAACUUUAUUGAAAUAAACCCGUGACAAGAUAAAAUCAGUGGUCUGUGUCGAACUAUGAAUACUGUGUGGGUCUCUGGAGAAAUUAUAUAAUAUAAUGUUUAUGAAUUAUUCAUCGAAGUCUGUAACAGACUCUGAAACAGCCAUGAUUUUAAUUUCAAAAUUGAAGCUAAAUUAAUUAGCUCAGUUUAUCGCCAUGUUCAUAUAUCACUUAUGUAUGAUCUGGGGUAAAUUUUCAUUAAAUUAAAACAUUUGCAAGCUGUUCGAAAAUUAGUGAUGUUCAAUAACAAAUAUUAUGGGCAAAGCUUUAAAAUAUUCGAUACCAAGUUUCUGUCACUUAUAUACUAGUCCACGAAAUAAC